AUGACUCCCAAGCCGGCCGGACCCCCGGACGGGGGCUGGGGCUGGGUGGUGGCGGCCGCAGCCUUCGCGGUGAAUGGGCUCUCCUACGGGCUGUUACGCUCGCUGGGCCUUGCCCUCCCUGACCUCGCGGAGCACUUUGACCGAAGCACUCAGGACACCGCGUGGGUCAGCGCCCUGGCCCUGGCGGUGCAGCAGGCAGCCAGCCCAGUGGGCAGCGCCCUGAGCACCCGCUGGGGGGCGCGCCCGGUGGUGAUGGUCGGGGGCGUCCUCACCUCGCUGGGCUUUGUCUUCUCGGCGUUCGCCCGCAGUCUGCUGCACCUCUACCUGGGCCUGGGCUUCCUUGCCGGCUCCGGCUGGGCGCUGGUGUUCGCCCCGGCGCUCGGGACCCUGUCCCGUUACUUCUCCCGCCGUCGAGUCCUGGCCGUGGGGCUGGCCCUCACGGGCAACGGGGCCUCCUCGCUGCUGCUGGCGCCCACCCUGCAGCUCCUCCUUGAUUCUUUCGGCUGGCGGGGCGCCCUCCUCCUCCUCGGCGCCGUCACCCUCCACCUCGCCCCCUGUGGCGCCCUCCUGAGACCCCUGGUGCUCCCUGACGACCCCCCGGCCCCACCCCGCGGGCCCUUAGCCGCCCUCGGCCUGGACCUCUUCGCGCGCCGGGCCUUCUUGGUGUUCGCCCUGGGCACAGCCCUGGUCGGGGGCGGCUACUUCGUCCCCUACGUGCACUUGGCCCCUCACGCUUUAGACCUGGGCCUGGGCGGGUAUGGGGCGGCGCUGGUGGUGGCGGUGGCUGCGGUGGGGGAUGCGGGCGCGCGGCUCAUCAGCGGGUGGCUGGCGGACCAGGGAUGGGUGUCCCUCUCGCGGCUGCUGGCGGUGUUCGGGGCCCUGACCGGGCUGGGGCUGCUGGCCGUGGGGCUGGUGCCCUUGGUGGGCAGCCUGGAGGGCUGCGAAGGGGCCCUGCUGGCCGCGGCCGGGGCCUACGGGCUCAGCGCAGGAAGUUACGCGCCCUUGGUGUUCGGGGUGCUCCCGGGGCUGGUGGGCGUCGGAGGCGUGGUCCAGGCCACGGGGCUGGUGAUGAUGCUGAUGAGCCUCGGGGGGCUUCUGGGCCCUCCGCUGUCAGGUAAGGGCCCGAGCGAACAGAUCUGCUCGCAACCGUCCUCUGCCCGGGAUCCCAGGCCCCUAAAUUCCUUUCCCCUAUCUCACAGGCUUCCUAAGGGACGAGACGGGAGAUUUCACCGCCUCCUUCCUCGCCUGCGGCUCUUUUAUCCUCUCCGGCAGCUUCAUCUACUUGGGGCUGCCCGGGGCGCUGCCCUCCUGCCGGCCAGCCUCCCGGCCGGCCACGCCUCCCCCCGAGAGAGGGGAGCUGCUUCCAGCUCCUCAAGUCGCCCUGCUUUCCCCUGGAGGCCCCCAGUCCGCUCUAGACACUGCUUGUUGACCACGAGUUCGAGCCCCACCCCCAGCAAAGAAUUUCUAUCCAGUUUCUUGCAAGUUCCAACUGUUAGCCAAUCUGGGAGGAUGAAAACAUUCCUUCUACUUAAGAUAUUCAAGGGGGCCCCUGGGGGGCUCCAUCAGUUAAACCUCUGACUCUUGACGUCACUCAGGUCAUGAUCUCAGGGUCAUGAUCUCAGGGUCCUGAGAUUAAACCCUUGAGUGGGCUCCCUACUGGGCAUGCGGUGUGCUUAAGAUUUUCUCUCUCUCUCUCUCCCUCUGCCC